UGUAGAAUUAUUUAGCUUAGAAAAUAUGGCAGAUAUUAGUAAUAUAGAAACGAACAGAGAUCCAACACUACUUGAAGGUUUAGCCAUUAAUGGACAAUUAACUCUUAACAAAUUAAUUAAUACAGUAGAAGAAAUAUUUGCCACGCUAGCAACCUCUUCAAGCGAAAAUACCGAAAAAAUUCAACAAAAAGUAACUGAAAGUCGAAAUAAAUAUAAAAAUGUUUCAGAUGAAUUGAGUAAUAUAAUAGGACAGAUUGAGACGGAAAGUAAUAUGGAAAUAACUGAAACAGAGAAAGAUCGUGCAAUAAAAAAUCUAAUUGAAACGCGUGAUACACUUCUUCAAGAAUCGGAAACACAAAAAAACCACCUAACAGAAUUACUUAAUCGAACGUAUGAGUUACAAUUUCUUAUACAAACACUAUUGGCAAGUAGUGAACAACAAGAAGUUGUGCCCGAUGCCUGA